UCGUUAAUGUUUUUGCCUAUUAAUGCGGCGGGUAAGUCAAACUUGUUACGUGACCAAAACAAACUGCGAAGAAUUAGAUUCGAGACUURAAAUAUUUUUUUCUUAGAUUACCGAUGUAGGGAUUUUCGUGGAAAAAACGUCAAACUAGAAACRUCAAUAACCUAACUUUGAAAGAACCACACAAUUUUAUUAUAUUUUAAUUAAUUUAGUGAGAUUAUUAUGUGCAAKUGUGGUUUAUAUUGUUGUGUCUUCAGGAAGUAAAACAUCGAAAGAUGUAUAGUGGUGAAGUCAUAACUUUAUCUUCUGAUGAUGAAUUUGAGAGCCCCCCUCCGAAGAAACUCAAGUUUCUAUCAGGGCACACUGAAACCACCAACUCUAUUAUUAAAAAAUUAAAUAGACUCAAGGAGAUAACUGCAGUACCAUGUGAAGAUAAGGAAAUUAAAGUCAUUUACAAGGAGGAGACCAAUUUGAUAACAAUUGAAGACAAAAGCAARGAGAAUGAAACCGUAGUUAACCUAAUUGAUGAUUCUUUUGAAGACAAUGAGCCCCAAAUAAAGGAGAAAACUGCCGUUGAUUGUCUCAAAGUUGAAAGCACCACCGAGGAAUGCUUGGUUAUUGGCUCCGAAUCUGAGACUGAAGUCGAAGGGGACCCCCUUGUGGUCCCUCCUCCAACCCAAAACUGCGCUUCGGCCCCCCCUAACCCCGAAAAUUACGAAGUCAUCGUCCGGCCUUCCACCUCCAAAGCCUCUGAAGCCCACAAUCUCCUCGAGGAGUUCCUCGACGUUUGCACAAAAUCGAUGAGAGACUCAAAAUACGCCGAUCGAGUGUUCCCCAAGUACCAAAAAAUGCGCAAAAGCUUCAACAAGUGCGAGGAGAUUCACAACGACCCCAACUUUCACAGAACCUUGCAGGAUUUCACGGAGAGCGCCAAGGGCUCCGCCCCCGAAGCGGUGGUGAGCUUCCAGAGACUCUACUCGUACAUCCUCGACCACAUCAAGGGCGACAGUGUGGAAGUCCCGGAGGAAAACCUCCCCAAAAUCCGGAAAUUGGAAAAAACGCUCAAGAAGUUGAUGAAAGUCAUCAGGAGGCUGGAGGAGGCCGAAGUGGAUUUUAACGACGAGGAGGAUUCGACGUACAUGAAGCUGGACAGAUAUACAGAUAGAYUAAACAAAGUUUACAARAAGUAUUGUGAACUUUUGCAUAGAAAUCCCUUCGCUGGACGACUUCUCUACGAAAAAAUCAAAUUUGUUCACUCGAAGUAUAACGAAAUUAAUCGGGCCAUUACGAAGUCUUACAAACACAAUCGGUUCCCCACCUAUUACGAUAUAGAGAAAUGUGUGAGGAAGUGUGUCAAGGAGCACAAUUUGGAGUUAUCGGAAAACGAGAUUCGGGAGGAAAGUAAGAGUUGUUUCACGAAAAUGGGAAAUUUGCUACAAAUGAAACGGAAGAAGGAACUCUACGAAGUUCAUUGCGGUUUUAUCACACUUAACGAAGAUCCCGCGAACAAAGAUCAAGAAUUGAAAACCAAAUUGCAAGAAAGUCGGACUCAAGGUGACCGAAAAUUGCAAGAAAUCGUMGAAAAAUACGUCAAAUUGCAAGAUGGUAACGUUAAUAUUGAGUUGAGUGAGGAUAGUGACGAUAGUGACUAUAAAAGUAGUGAUAGCGGAGAAUAAUUUUUUAUCAAAAUUUUAAUUUUAUAAAAUAUCACUAUUCAGGUAUCAUGUCAAUACUUAGCUCCUCUCCCAUGUUACUAGGCGAAGUCUCCAGCUCCCCCACAUCAUUAGAUUCGCUACAAAAUUCAAUUUUAGUGAAUUAGUGUAGUACAAAACUCAUAUUAAUGUGCAUCGAAGUAGUCGUUGAAAGGAAUCAUUUUAAGGUGGCAACCKUGCGAAAAUUCAAAUAAUCCUAACCUCAAUCUUUUUUAAAAAUUAUUUUUUCAAAUAAAUGUGUACCGCAGGUAGCAAAAAAUCAUUAAAAAUAACAACGUAGUUAACAAAGGGUAGCAAACUUAAAGAUUUUUGUCAUUAUUGAUGUGAUUUUGAAUGACAUUAAUGACACUUUUUGUGUGAAUUGGCCUUUAAAUUAAGGAUGCAUUUAGACUUCUACAACCUACUUGAUGCACAUUAAUAUAAAGAUUACCUGUCAAGUGAAGGUUCAUUACUGAACAUCUCUGUGGGUACGGUGGGGGGCGCCCUCUCGGGCACCAACUCCACGUAAUUCUGCGCUUGCAAAUGCCUCUCCACCUCCUCGGGGGUCAUGUGCCCGUCCGACAAAAUGUUGCUAGUGGAGCUCCCAGGCAUGUGUACUAGAGUGUGGUGUGCCACGGGUUUGGCCGGUCUGGGGGCCGGGUUUCGCUUUUUUUUCGCCGCUGGUAACACUUUCCCGGGGCCGUUAUUGAACGAAUUCUCGAGUUUUCUCCUGAAGACAAAAAUGAGUCUAAAAAGGCCUAGUAAAACCGCCCCACGCACUUUUUGGCCGGUGCCUCCACUUUGACGGGCUCGCCGUCGUCCGAAGAGUCGGUUUCUUCCGAUUCUGAGGUGGAAUUGUCGACUUUUUCGUGCAAAAGGAGGCGGUCGAGGAGGAAAGUCCUGUCUCGGGUGACGGAUAAGAGGCGCUUUUGGGCGGCGCGGAGGGCUUGCAUGAGAGCUUCAUUUUCCUGAAAGGGGCUGUAGAUGUGCAUUGGCGAGUCUCAUACUUACGUAAACUAAAUUGUGGAACUUGCGUUUGAGGAAUUUGUACUCUUUUUUGAAUUUGGACUCCUCCUGAGAGCGCUCCUCCUCUUCGGCUAGACUCGCCGCGUUCGCCAUUGAACGGCAAUACCAGCCGUCCAACAUUGUUAAACAAUUUUAUCGCWAAAUUGUUUGUUUUUGUCAAUGACAGUUUGAGGUUAUAACACUAUCGCCAACCAGACAAGACUACAAUUACUAACGAUCAAACUUUUUUUAAAUCUAAUAAAUAAAAUAAUUUUGUUACUA